AUGACUUCGACCUUCACCGAAACACCUUUGAGUUCAAGUCACACAACGGAGACACCUUUAGAAACAUCAUCUCUGUUCACCAGCCUUGUCACCAAUGCACACACAGCAACUACAACCCCUGUUUCGGUCACCAUCCCCUUCGAGAGCUCUACAGCCGGACAGACAACAGGUCGAUCCACAGAAAUUCCCCAAAGAACUACAGAUGAAGAAGCAAAAGUCAAAAGUUUACUCACCACUCAGAGCAUAUGGAUUCACACCCCUUUGGACUCCACCUCCCCAUUCCCAAGGGUCACUGUUAAACCCACCUCCUCGCCCAAGGAAAUUACCUCCUCUGAGGUUUCAUUUCAACAAGCUUCAUCAAGAGGUACCUCCUCCACAUCUUCCACAACCUCCCCCCAUUCUAGACACACAACUGAGACAAGGACGGACACAUCUCAUCUCAGGACAGUGUCAUCUUCGACUUCCAUUUCCCAUGAAGGCACUGCAGCAGAGCAGACAAGUCAGUUGGCAAGCAGUACCUUUUCAACUCCUUCUACAUUCCCCUACCGUGAGAACCUCACAACCAAAUCCACGACAAAGAAAUCACUUCCAUACACCAGCAGUGGUAACCAAAUGUUCACAAUGGUUCCAUCUCUCACUUUCAGCAUCACCUCCUCUGAGAUUUCUUCAGGUGGUCAGGCAAGCACUCAACCCACUGAAAUCUUGCUCAGGACGACAGCUAGGGACAGCACAGCCAAAUUGCUAAAUACCACUCAGAGCACCUCCUCUGCCACCACAGUGGCAUCAUCUAGGUUCCCGUACACUCAAAUCACUGGCAUUGCUGGGAAUCUAACAAACUCCUUCAGCACAAUGGCAACAGUGCUACCAACCUCAUCAGCCACUCAACCCCCCUCAACUAGAGUUUCAGCUCAACCGACACCCACGUUCAGGACCACACCAACCUCUUCCAUAUUCCUUUCUGAUUCUAGCCACACAACCGGGACAACAACAGGAAAAUAUACUAAUUUCAGAACUGAUAUCACACAGGGAGCAAGUUCUGCUUCAACCCUGCCCUUCCAUCAUGUCACCUCAGAGAAGUGGGGAACAGAUCGGUUGGCAACAGUUACCCCCUCAAGUUCCCUUAUAUCCCCACGUGGCAAGAGCCCCACAACUGAAUCCAAAACAGAAACAUCAUCUUCAUACUCCUCCAACAUUAUCACUAAUAUGUACACAAAAAGGACAAACCCCAUUUCAGGCACUACCUCUUCAGAGAGUUCUACUGGUGGACAAACAAUGGGUAUCUCCGCAGAAACCUUCCACAGGACCACUCCUAAAGAAGCAACAUCCAAAUCAUUGUUCACCACUCGGACAACUUUGGCUGACAACACAGUGGACUCCGGAGAAGCUCAGACCAUGAGUUCAAGUGGUGCCCUGGUAAACAUCUCCACCUCAGCUGUGACAGUGCAUACUUCCUCCUCUGAGAUUUUAUCUCAUCUGAUGUCUACUUUGGGUACCUUCUUAACUUCUUCCACAUCCACCUCCAGUAUUAGACAUAUGACUGAGACAGCAAGAAAAUCAUCUCCCUACACCACUCUUAUCACCAGUGUAUAUGCAACAAGUACAAAGCCUGUUUCAGAUGCCAUUUCCUCGACAAUCCCCACUGUUGGACUGACAGCAGAUCAGUCCAUAGAAACAUCCCACAUGACCACUCCUGAAAAAACAGUGGGCAUAUCACUAAAUACCACUCAGCGCUCUCUGGCUGACUCCACAGUGGACUCCACCACCUCUCUAUUUACCCAAAACACUGGAGAAACCAGAACCACUAACUCAGAUGCCACUGGGAGAACCUUCCUCAACUCAGUCAUGACAAUGGAUCACACCUCCUCCAUCACUGAAUCCACCUCAUCUGGAAUUUCAUUUCAGCCAACGUCCUUUAUGGGUACCACCUCAACCUCUUCCACUUCUCUCUCCAUUUCUAAUCACAAAACUGAAACAACAAUAGGCACAAUACCGUCUUAUGUCGAUACGGACGACAGACUCAAAGCAACCUCAUUUUCAACCUCAACCUCCAAUGACAUUACCCAGGUGAUGAAAGCAACAAGUCAGUCAACAACUGGCACCUCCUUAACAUCAUUUUCAUCUACUUAUGACAACAUAUUCACAAAGGAAAACAUAACUGAGACAUCAUCCCCCUUGACUGGCCUUGACAACAAUGUGAGCCCAAUGACCUCCUCUGAAACCUUUUCGAUGGGACAAAAAACUAGCCAAUCGCCUGAAGUAUCCCUCAGGAACACAACCAUAGAAAAAACAGCUGAAUCAUUACAAACUACCAAGGAUACAUUAUCUGAUACCACAAUGGUCUCCUCUUCCUCCUCCUUCACCUGGACAACUGGAGAAGCCCAAACCAACAGUUUGGGUGCUGCUGGGACAAAUGCCCUCAGUUCAGUCACCAUAACAGGACCCAUCUCUUCAGCCCCCGAUGUCACCUCACCUAGAGCUUCGUCUCAACAAGGGUCUACUUUAGGUAUCCUCACUACUCCUUCAGUGUCUUCCCCCAGUCUCAGUUACACAACUGAGGUAACAAUAACCCCAUCAGCAACUUAUCUCAGUACUGAGAACAAACAAGAACCAACUUCAGCAUCAGGCACCAUUUCCCAUGACAUCACCACUUCAGAACUGAUAACGGGUCAUUUGAUCCCAGUUACCGACUCUCCCACUUCCUCCCCCAUUUCUAGACACCUAACUGAUACAACAGUAGAAAUGUUGUCUCAGCCCAUCAGCGUUGUCACCAAUAGGCAAGCAACAGGUGUCACCCCCAUUGUUGGCCCCACUUCCUCUGAGAUUUUAACAACUGGCCAGAUGAUGGAUUCAUCAACUGAAAUGUCCCUUGGGACCACACCUAAAGAAAUCACAGCUGAAUCAUUAAACACUAUCACCUCCCCAUCCACUUGGGGCACUGGAGAAGCCAAGAUUACAAGCUCACGCUUUGCUUUGACAAAUGCUGUCAGCUCAGACACCACAGCAGCACUCGUCUCUUCACCCACUGAACCCACCUCAUUUGGGAUUUCAUCUAAAGAAGCACUUACUUUGGAUAGUUCUGUUAUUUCUACUUUCCCCUCAAGUUCUAGCUACAAAACUGACACUCCAACAACUACAACAUCUCCUUUCAGUACUCUUGUCCCCCAAACAGUAACCUCAGUUUCAUCUACCAUCUCCCAAGAUACUUCCUCUUUUGGGGGGACCACAGGGAAAAUACCACAACUGUCCUACCAGACCAGAGCCCAGGGCCCAACAUCACAAAUAUCCACCAUUCCUCAUCGCACCCUUGCUGUCACAGCAAUUCCUUUGUCCUCUUCCUCAUUCCAAGAGACCACUCAAGAAAGCCCGACUCAGGUCCCGAUCUCAAAUUCAACUGACAACACCACCAUGGUUAUUCCUUUCAUUUCCACCUCUUUAAGCAAUACAGCUUCCUUUUCUGAGAUCACAUCUCAACAGUUUUCCACUUUGGAUACCUUCUCAGCUGCUUCCACCGCCACUUCCAGUAACAGUCCUAGUUCUGAGCCAAUGAAAGGGACAUCACCAAUUUACAACAGUCACAUCACCAAUGUUCGUACAACUGGAGCAAAUCCUGUAACCGUCCCUGUAUCCCCUGAGGUCAGUCCGUCAAGACCAGAGUCAACAGACAUCUCCUUCAGGACCACAGCUCUAGAAACAACAGGAGAAACAUUAGGAACAACCCAAAGAACUUUGGAUUCCAUCACAGCGAAACCCUCCAACUCUCAGUUCACUGCAGUCUCUGAAGGAGCUGUAAUUAUGGGCACAGACUCACCAGUGACAACCUCAAGAUCUACAACAACAACUUCAGCUCCCAUCUCUUCCUUCACUGAAUCCACGGCAGGCCUCUCCUCCUUCCCAUUCCCUAAGACCACCGGGAAAGCUGUCCCCGUGAGGACGGAGUCAACUGUGACCGACACCUUCAUGAAAGUCACAACAUCAGGUUCCAUCUCCUCACCUGCCAGACCCACCUCAUCUGGAUUUCCCAUUCAACAAUUAUCUACUUCAGCUACCAGAUUAUCUUCUGGGGUCAGCCUCACGACUGAGCCUACAGUAAACAUUUCAUCACUCUUAACCAAUCCUGUCACUAGUAUGGAAGCAAGAGGAUCAACCUCAAUAGUAUCUCUCACCACCUCCUCUGGCAUCAGUCCGUCAUCUGCAAAGUCCGUAAGCCAGCAGACAGAAAUCUCCUACAGCACUUCAGCCCAAGAAAGCACAGCAACUACAAACACACUGUCAAAAACGGCAACAGAAUCCCCUUCCACUAUAUCAGGAAACACCGGACAAGCCCCAUCUAAGGGUAUGGAUACUCCUUCUGUUACAGCAGUCACGUUUUCUUAUUUCUCUCACUCACUCCCUGAGGCAACCUCUUCUGGGAGUAUAUCACGAGACCCUUUCCAAAUGACACAAUCCCAAAUGACUCCCAUUACUACACUAAAAACAUCCCCCACUAGUGACUGGUCCCCGGCCAACCUGACCACAUCAACUCCUCACACUCAUUCUAUCUCUGUUGAGAGAACUACUGGUGAAAUUCCAGUAUCUGUCAGCAUAGUUACCCAGCAUAAGGCAACUGAACGAUCCUCUAUUACCCAAACUUCAACUACUGAAGUGGCAGCACGGAGAACCUAG